AUGACUUAUGAAGUCAAUCCCACUCUAAUCCCACAAUCGCUACAAUCCCCCACUGCCAUCCCUCCUCGAACAAGCUCCAACGGCGCCGUAAAUGGCAUCGCUUCGACCCCCCGACCAACUGCCCCGGGCUUAGGCUCUAUCUCCGAAAGUGAAUGGAUGUCGUCGUCGAGGCGGAAGUCGCUCACCACAACGAGCAAACACGGUCGUAAUCGAUCGAGUAUGGACUGGACAAAGACCAGAGAUAGUCUAUGGACACAGGAGAAAGAGAGUAUUAUUAUGGGCCCGUACGACUAUAUCUCGAAGCAACCAGGGAAGGAUAUCCGCAAACAGAUGAUUGCCGCAUUCAACGCGUGGUUGAAGGUACCUGAACAGAGCCUGGAGAUUAUCACCAGCGUCGUUGCUAUGUUGCAUAAUGCUUCAUUGCUCAUCGACGAUGUGGAGGACAACUCUGUUCUACGACGAGGUAUCCCGGUAGCGCACAAUAUUUUCGGCACAGCUCAGACUAUCAACUCAGCAAACUAUGUGUACUUCCUUGCUUUACAGGAAUUGCGCAAACUCAACAGCCCUGCAGCCAUAGAAAUCUACACCGAGGAGCUCUUGAAUCUACACAAAGGGCAGGGCAUGGACUUGUUUUGGAGAGACACCUUGACCUGCCCUACUGAAGAAGAGUAUCUUGAGAUGGUCGACAAUAAGACUGGAGGACUGUUCCGACUAGCUGUCAAGCUGAUGCAGGCGGAGAGUGAGGCCGGAAAAGACUGCGUCCCACUCGUCAACAUCCUCGGCCUCAUCUUCCAGAUUUGCGACGACUACCUCAAUCUGUCAGACAAAACAUACAACAAAAACAAAGGUCUUUGCGAAGAUCUGACGGAAGGAAAAUUCUCGUUCCCCAUCAUCCACAGCAUUCGCGCCGACCCAUCGAAUGUUCAAUUGAUCAACAUCUUGAAACAGAGGACCAAAGACGAAGAAGUGAAGCUAUACGCAGUCAACUACAUGGAAAGAACGGGUAGUUUUGCGUAUACCAAGAAAGUAGUUUCACAACUACGUGACAAGGCUUCGAAACUCAUUGAUGAAAUGGAUGGUAUUUCUGAAGGGACUGAAGCGGUGGAUGGUCCGCGAGACGGACGGUAUGUAAGGGAGAUUUUGGCGAAGAUUGUUGAAAUGACCCUCAAAGACAAAGAGAGGGAAGUUUAA